UCAUUUUACACAAUGCGAAAAUAGCUAAUGUAGCUACAAUUGCUACAUAAUAAUUUUCUUUUUCACAAAAUUUUUGUAAAAUUACGGAAAAGUUUUGAGUUUGUGCUAGAUACAAUAUUGUAAACAAGUGCGGGCACGAUGUCUGUGCAUUAUAAAUUCAAAAGCACUCUCGAUUAUGACACCAUAACUUUUGAUGGGCUGCAUAUAUCGGUGGCGGACCUGAAAAAAGCCAUUCUGCAACAGAAGCGUCUAAGUAAAAUUACUGAUUUUGAUUUGCAAAUUAUUAAUGCCCAAACUAAGGAAGAAUAUCAACAUGAAUCAAGUUUGAUACCUAAAAAUACCUCAUUGAUAAUAUCGCGUGUGCCGGUGGCCAACCAAGUAAAAAAAUCAUGGGAUCCAGCGAUUAGGCCAGUACAGCCAAGAAUACCAUCUAAAGUGGAAUCAGCAGACUUCGAUUUAUCGAAAAUGGAAGGUAGCGAGGAGGAUAAAAUUCAGGCUAUGAUGUUACAAAGUACUGCUGAAUAUGAUCCCAAAAGCUACCAGAAAAUUAGAGGCUACUCGCAAACUGGUGAGGUUCCCUCCACUUAUCGGUGUAACAAGUGCAAAAAAGGAGGCCAUUGGAUUAAAAAUUGUCCCUACAUUAUUAGUAAGGAACAUACCGUGGAAAAGAGGACGACAGGAAUUCCCAAAUCUUUCAGGGACAAGGAUGAUAGGGCAUUGAUGAUUGAAAGUCAAGAAGCUGUUGUGGAAGAGGAUAAGAAACAGGAAAUACCCGAAGACCUAAUAUGUAGCAUUUGCAACGAUUUGUUUGUAGAUGCCGUAAUGAUACCAUGUUGUGGGAGUUCAUUUUGUGAUGACUGUGUACGCACAGCAUUACUCGAAUCUGAAGAUAAUGAAUGUCCGGAUUGCAAAGAAAACGGUAGUUCACCUGGUUCGCUGAUACCGAAUAGAUUUUUAAGAAAUUCUGUUAAUGCUUUCAAAAAUCGCACCGGCUACAAAGCCAGUGGUCAGGCGAAAAAAGAACUAAAUCAUCAGUCAAAGGAAGCGUUAGAGACAAAACAAACUGAGAAUGUCAAUGAUAAGGAGUCUGAUAAUGAGUUGUCGACUACAAAAUUAGUAGAACCAGAGGCCGAAGCAGAAGAGAAAGUCUGUAUUGAAUCUGAGAUCAAAGAAAAAGAAGAUAUCGAUAUGAAAAUAUUACCAACACCAGCACCAGCACAACCAGUGGAAGAACCUACUAUCGAUGAUUCAAUUAUUGAAAAUGUUGAAUUAAAACAUAAAACAGCAAAUGUUAUUAACAGUCCGACUCACGAAGAUUCGGAUUAUGAAGACAAUAUUGUUGUUAAAGUUCCAUCAGCAUCGGAUACUCGUACAGAAAAAUAUCUAAGCCGACGUCAUGCUUCACAUCCCAAACCUCCGGGUAUUGAGCAAAGUUCUCCGAAAACUAAUCAUCAGGUAUCUCCCUAUCAACAGGAAAGUAAUUCUCAUAGAUCCAAUGAGACCUCUAGCCAUUCUGCUAAAGAAUGGGAACAUUCGUCUCGUGAGAAAAUUCGUGAACACCACGAAAAUGCCAAAAAUGAACAUUACAUGUAUGAAAAGAGCAGAAACAUGCCGUCAUCGUCUAAAUCAAUAGAUAACGUGCAACCGCCCGGGUCUAAUCCGGUUCCAGUUCCUUUAUACCCUUCUCACCAAUCAUAUGAUAUGCAACAACAACGACCAAUAAGGCCCAUGAAUAUGCAUCCAGGAUUUCACAGCCACAUGCAUCGACCGCCUUUAUAUCCUCAUCCAAAUAUGCCUCCGCAUCAUCCAUCACAUCAAAUGCGUUUGCCUAUGCCGCCUAUAAACUCAUACGACCCAUCUUAUAAUCCAAUUGGCAAUGUGGCACCAGGAUAUCAACGUUUUCCCUCAGCUAUGCCGAAUCGCUUUAACUAUCCGAUAAGAGAGGCCGACGCCACAAAUCAAAUGCGUCCAUUUAAUAACAUUGCGUCUGUUUAUGAAGAAGUGGCCGCCAAAGUUGGAGUUGGGAUAAUUGAUGAUCCAUUGGAAGCAUUUAACCGCAUUAUGAAGGAGAAAGAAAAAAAGAAAGAUGAACGUCGUUCUCCCGACCGUCGCAGAAGAUCAAAAGAACGUCAUGUAAGAGGUAAUUUUCGAACAUCUCCCUAUAACAAUCGCACAAAAGAUCAUGGCUAUCACGAUAAACGAGGCCGUUCGCGUGAUCGAGAUAAUGAUCGCAGGUGGCCUCGCUAUGGCAAACCCAUUGAUAAGGAUAGAGAGCGAGAAAGGGAAAGAGACAGAGAUAGAGAAAGGGAGCGAGAUCGAGAGCGUGAAAAGGAUCAAGGCUACAGAACUAGACGUUCAAAAUCUUUAGAUAGAAGUUCAAGAUCUAGAUCUCAUUCUCCUCCCAUCAAAAGGUAUAGAUCACCACAAAACAUUAAAGCACAUAGUGGUCACGAAAAACAUCUGCACCACUACCACCAACGUUUUAGAUUGGAUGAACAACAAGAGGAUGGAUUUGAAAGGCAAAAAAGAGAUUCUGGUAGAUUAUUAUCAAACCCAUCAAAGUCUUUGGAUCCUAGAGGUGGAAGUAGACAACACAUGGAGCACGAAGACAAGAAUAUGGAACUACGGAGGCCCUAUAAUAUAAAUGAUGAAAACUCGGAACCGCCACCACCAGGUUUUGAAAUACAAUCAUCACGUAAUCCAUUCCAUAGCAAUAAUACUUCACCUCCGGCUGCUAUCAGAGAAAGAGAUCGGCCGCUGCGUAACAACACUCCAGAUCUAUACGAAAAAUGUGUCUCUCAAGAUAUGGAAGAAAACAAAUUAUAUAAUAUUGGUGGGAAAACUGAUCAGAGAUCGCGAAGCAGAUCCCACACGCGGUCAAGAUCCCGUUCGCGAUCGAGUUUAAGAUUAAGUGAAAAACGCCGAAAGGUUCAUAGAAGUACGACGCCAAAAGGAAAGCCAAGCGACGGACACACCAAACGGGACAAAGAUAAUGCAAUGACUAAUAGAAGUCACUCGCACGGUAAACGCAAAAGCGAAGAGCGACAUAGUAAAAAGGACAAGGAGCUAAACGACCGCGAGUCAAAGCGACGCAGUAUGACACCACCCAGACAAAAAGAUAUGUUAAGUGACCAACAUCAAACUUCUUCUGAAACCGACCACAAAGAUAAGUCAGAAAGCAAAAAAUCGGACAAAAAACUUAAGGAUCGAAAGAAAAAACGAAGAGAGAAGAGCGAACGUAAAAAGGUUAAGAAAGAAAAGAAAUCUAAAAAGGAACGUCACAGGCUCAAGUCGGAAGAAAAAGAAUAUACAAACAAAGAGGAAGAAAAUGACGAACUUAAUACAAGCACCAACAGUGUUGAAAAUGAAAUUGAGCAGGAAAAUAAAUUAGAGAAGGAAUUUAACAAAGAAAACAAACACGACUUGGAAGACGAGGGUGAAUAUCACAGCAUGGAAAAGGAUUUAGCCACUAAUUCUACACCAAAAACUGAACAAAACGGUUCCAUGGCACAUCCUAGCACUCCUAAGAACCAGCAGCCGACUACGGAAUACGAAGAGAAAACUCCAACGUCGUCGGAAAUAAAGUGUUUCGAUGCUGUUCUGGAUAUUCACGAGUACGAAACAGAUUUCGAUGACAACAGUUUUAAGCUACAGGAAAGCACUAAUAAACUCGUACCCGAAGCAUCUAAAUGGGAAUUGGAUGACCAGGUUAGCGCAGCAAACCAAUUUGUUGAAGCCAACACAGUCAGUGCUCAUGUACAGAACCACACAGACAAUAAAGUGACAAAUGACGUUAUUGUAAGAGCCGAAAAAGCCAUUUUUGCUCGAGCAAUUAACGCCAUUCGACCUCUAGAAGUCCGUAAAAAAUCUGUAUCAAAAGAAAGAUCCUCUAAAAGCUACAGUGACGAACAUGAAAGCAUUCGAAAUAUACAAAUAACAUUGCCUGUAAAUAUCAACAAAGAUCGUUCGAUCGAGGUGAAAAGUGAGAACAAUGAAAAAAAGAAAUCAAUCAAGGAUCGAUUAGGCAGUAAGGUCAGUAAUCAACCCAUUUAUUCGCAGCUUUCAGAUACUCGACGUGAUCCAGAUCAUACCUACAAAUCUAGUUUCGCCAACGCCGAUCGAGAUCCAGAUAGUGAUCGUCGAAAAAAAUUCGGUGCGGAUAAUAAAGUCAGCAGCAAGAAAAGCGAAAUCGACAAAAAUUAUCGUGAACGCCACGGACGAGAUAGGGACCGUGAAAGAAGCCAUGAUAAGGAAAAACCAAGAGGGAAAGAUAGAGAAAAAGACAGAGAACGGGAAAAAGAUAAGGAUAAGGACAGGGAGCGUGGCAAAGAUAAAGAACGCGUGCGACAUCGUGAUAAAGAUAACGUAGACAAGGAUAGAGAUCAUGAUAAAGAUAAAAAUAGAGAGCGUAUUCGAGACCGUCAUGCUCAUGAACCCGAUAGCGACCGCACCAGACUUCAUAGCAAAAGUAGGGAUCACAAAACUUCGAAAACUGACAAGGCACAUCUUAGCUCUGAGCGGGAGCAUCGCGAAUAUGACAAUACUUCACGCAAACGUCAUCAAUCAAAUUCCCCCGCUGUUGUCCAAAGGAAACGAAGUCCUUCCUCCUCAAACUCUGAAUCCGAUGACGAAGAUCGCAAGCGGAAACAUACAAAAGGUGACAAGAAAUCACGUAAACGCUCAGAGUCUCCGGACAGCGACAGUGGCAAAAAGUCAAGCAAAAAGAAAAAUAAAUCGGAUAAGAAAAAGAAAAAGAAGAGCAAGAAAUAAAAGGAGUAGUAAUGUAUCAAUUAAAUGUAAAGAAACAACAACAAACAAAAAAUGCAAAAAUAAACAUAAACAUGUUUUUUUUUAAACAAGAACAAGAACAACACACACAUCCAUAUACUUACACAUAAAUGCUCAUAUUCAGCAUUUACAUUUAAAAACACAUACAAAUGAAAUUUAUAAAGUACAUAAUAUAUACAUACAGUGAUGGACUUAAGUAUAGGCACAAGAGGCAUUUUAAAAGAAACUGCUGUUUUAUUUUUAUAAGAAGACACGAAAUAUUUAUUUUAUGAUUAAAUUAUAGGUGUAGAGGUUAUACAUUAAAAUAAUAAGCAUGAAAAUUAAAUACAUUUUCUUUGCAAAAAACGUUAUUAAGAAAAACAUAAAAAAAAUUCAUUACUUUAAUGGACAAAAGUAUAGGCACAACUAUUUUUACAAUAACAAAAACGUUAAUUAAUAUUUAGUUGGCAGUCCUUUUUGCUUAAUAACGGCCUUAAGUCUAUUUGGCAUGGAGUGGACUAACUUUUUGGUUAUAUUUUCGCCUAUAUUAUGCCAUUCUUCCAUUAAAACUGUUUUAAGCUCAGUCUUAUUUGAAAUUGGGCGUUUUCGGAUUCGUCGCUCCAACUCCUCCCACAAAUGUUCAAUGGGGUUUAGGUCUGGGGACUGCGGGGGGUGUGGUAAGACAUGAGCCGUAUUAUAGGCAAGCCACAUCUUUACGUCAUGUGCUGUGUGCUUCGGGUCGUUGUCUUGCUGGAAUGUAAAUGACUCAGGUAGGUUUAGUUUUUCUGCGCUUUUUUUGACAUUCUCCUUCAGAAUGUUAAGGUAAACUGUCUUAUCCAUUAUCUGGUCAAUAAAUACGAGCUCUCCCACACCCGCAGAAGACAUACAACCCCAUACCAAAACACUUCCGCCACCAUACUUUACUGUUGGUAGAAGAUUUUUGCCUUCAUAUGCAGUGUUACGCUUUCGCCAGACCCUAGCGUGUCCAUCAGGCCGGAAAAUAUUAAAUUUACUUUCAUCUGUGAAGAGUACCUGAUCCCAGAAAUCGCAUUGCUUAUUUUCAAACUGUUUGGCAUAUUCCACUCUCUUUUUUUGAUUAAUAGUAGAUGUUAAGGGUUUGCGUCUAGCCACACGUGAGUUAUACCCAGCUUCAUGCAACGUUCUCCGAACAGUUUUGGAGUGUACAUCUUUGCCAAAAUCUUGGUUAAUCUCUGCGGCAACCUGGGAAGAUGUUAUUUUUGGAUCAGCUCUUACUUUUCGUACGAUUUGAGCACGUUCUCUCUCAGUUAAUUUUCGAGGACGACCACAUCGGCUUGCAUUUUCAAAGUUUGUUUUGCCUUUGAACCUAUUUACAAUAGUCCGUAUGGUAAAACGACUGCGAUUCAUUAAUUCCCCGAUUUCAGCAAACGAUUUUCCUUGGUUAUGCAAAUGUAAAAUUACUUUGCGCUGAGAUUCAGUAGUUUCACACUGUUUAGGGCUCAUUUUAAAAAGAUAACAAACAAAUUAAGUAUUUUGCAAACUUUUUGAAACUUCUCACUUAUUUAAAUGACUGAAAAAUAAUAACGGAACAUAACAGCAUGUGUCAAAUGUAAAAUUGUUGCCAUAUUAUUAAAAUUUAAAUAACUGGAUAAAUGCAUACAAAAGUGUGCCUAUACUUUUGUCCAUCGUAUUUUAGAACUUUUUGUACAUUUUAUCUGCUAACGGACUAACUCAUCUUUCUACAUGAAUAAAACAGCUAGUAUCUUAAAACAUACAUCAACCUUUAAUAGAUUAAUAGUAGUUUUAAUAAAAAAAAUAUUCUUUUUGCUUUUAAUGCAAUCUUUAAAUACAAGAUGUUUGUUGUGCCUAUACUUAAGUCCAUCACUGUAUAUAAUUAAAUAAAUAUAUAUUUAAAUUACCUAUUAAGGAAAUUUAAUUUUCUUUUUAAUAAAACCCAACUAAUGAGAAAAA